AUCGGCUCUGGCGCGGCGCCGGUGCGCUUUCGCUGGCGCCAGCGGGCACCCCUCUUCGUGCGUGGUGAGCGGCGGGGCGCCGCCGACCAGAGAGGGGCACAGCCAUUGGUACGACCAUCCUGGGACCGUGCUGGUGAACCCAGCGAACACUUGGUCGAUGAUGACGCAUUGGGGCAGGGGUCGUCCUGGCGCGGUGCACCUUACGCUGCCGCCAGACCUGCUGCGCAUGAACCACUACGUGGACCUGCUGGGGGCGCCGCGCUGCCUUCGGGAGCCGUCUGCUGGGGGGGACCAGCCGUGCGAUGUUUUCGACAACUCGAGCGCGUGGAUCGGCGACGUGAUGGUCAGAAAGGCUGGGCCCGCGCCCUCGGAGGCCCCGGCGCCGGCGGCGCUCACGGCGGCAGCGCCCGAGGCCGUCGCGCCGGACAUCGGGGCAGGCGAGCACGCCGCCCGCCCCCUGCUGGUGAUGGUGCCCGGGCACGGCAGAGCCUCACGCUCCGCGACGCUGCUCGGCAGCCUGUCGACCAUCUUGGCGGGGCCGUGGCCGACUGGCGGCCAGCCGCGCUGUCUGGCGCCCGGCUGCCUGGAGUUCCUGGAGUCGGCGGACGUGCGCGAGCUGCGGGCAAAGCUGGGCUGCACCGUGGAGCGCCGGCCCAGCGGCAUGUUCAUGGAGUUCCUGGCAGACCCGGCGGCGGCGGCCGCGCUGCGAAGGGUCGGGCCAGAAUUUGUCAUGCUACUCCUGGACGACAUCGCGCUCGCGCACCCGACGCACCCGGUGGAAACGGCGACGCUGCUGGACGUCAUGCGGCGCAACCGCCUGGACGUGGCCUCCCCCGCGUUGGUCGGCACCCACCUGAGCUACGACGGCAUGCGCCCGGCCCACCUGCGACGCCUCGGGGCGGCCGGCCGGCUCGUCAGCUUCCUCGAGUGGCAGGCGCCCGUGUUCACGCGGGAGGCUUUCGAGGUGCUCUGCCGCAUGGUGCGCCCGCGGUUGUCGCGCUCGUGGGGCUACGACGAGCUCUUCCCCGGCGCGUUCCGAGCCAAAAUCGGCAGGGCCCCGCGCAUGGCCCUGAUCGAUUCCAUGCACGCCACGCACACCGGGCCCUGGCUCGCCAGCACCACCAUGCGGGAGGAGGAGGUUUACCGCGAGGAGCAAGCGCUGGUGUCGUUCUACCUCCGCAGUUUCAACAUCUCCCCCGAGCCCAUCCGGAUGCGGCGCGGCUACGUGUACUGA